CACGGAGGAAAAAUCUAAGGAGGAAAGAAUGGAAAAGCAGAACGGUGGUAAUCCAAUAAACCCUCCGCCCCCAUACAGUAUGGACACGUCUACUGGAAACACUAAAACACCCCCAAUGGGAACGAGGACAAUUCUCAAAAAUGUUCUUGUUGUCAGUAUUGGAUUUAUGUUUCUAUUUACUUCAUUCCAGUCUCUAUCAAAUCUCCAAAGUACAUUAAACAAAGAGGAAGGACUUGGAACAGGUGGAUUGUCUAUCGUUUAUGGCGCCCUUGUAGUUUCAUGUAUGCUGUUUCCAUCUUUUGUUAUCGCACACCUUGGAUGUAAAUGGACUGUGGCAUUAUCGAUGUUGUGUUAUAUUGCCUAUAUGGCAUUUAACUUUUAUGCCGUAUGGGAAACCAUUAUACCAGCUUCCAUUAUUGUUGGAUUAGGCGCAGCCACAUUAUGGUCGGCUAAGUGUGCAUAUCUUACUCAAAUUGCUGUGUGGUAUGCUAAAUUGACAGGUGCAACAGAAGAUGACGUCAUAAAUAGAUUUUUCGGUUUCUUCUUCAUGAUAUUUCAAACAAGUCAGAUUUGGGGGAAUUUAAUCUCUUCAACAGUGUUUGCGGUAACGCCAGGGAAUACCACAGAAGAUCUAGAGUCAUGUGGGUCAAAUUUUGAUCCUACUGCACCAACAGGAAAUAAUUCUAACUUGGAUAGACCGGAUGAUACAAAGGUAUACACACUGUGUGGUAUUUAUGUUGGCUGUGCUGUUAUGGCGUUUAUUAUCAUUGCAACACUUCUUGACAAGAUUACUCUGGAUAAAAAGCAACAAGGAGGGGAUGGUAAAAUAUCACCUACAUUGUUCCUGUCAACAUUCAAGCAUUGGUGGGGUUCAACGCCACAGAAGCUUCUAACAUUCUUAACCAUCUAUAGUGGUAUUGAGCAAGCAUUUAUAACAGGCGAUUACACUAAGUCCUACAUUAGCUGUGCAAUUGGGAUAUGGAACGUGGGUUAUGUUAUGAUCUGUUAUGGUGUAGUGGAUGCUAUUUGUUCGUUCGCUUUUGGAAGACUGGUACAGUUUGUUGGUCAUGCACCUUUUUUCCUUCUUGCAUUUUUAUUGCAUGGAGGAACACAAAUAGCUUUGUUUCUGUGGCAACCAAAUCCAGACAACCAAAUUCUGUUUUACGUAUUUGCAGCAUUGUGGGGAAUGGGUGAUGCAGUUAUUCAAACACAAAUUAAUGCGUUGUACGGAUAUCUCUUCACAAAUAAUACAGAAGCAGCAUUCUCGAACUACAGAUUGUGGGAAUCGUUAGGGUUUAUUAUUGCUUUUGCGUGGAGUGGUUUUUUGGUUACAAAAGUAAAACUUAUCCUUUGUUUUGGAUUCCUUACACUUGGAAUGUCCUGUUAUGUAUUGGCAGAAAUUCAGGACCGUCGGAAAAAGAAAGGUGAUUUCCAACUAAAUGCAACCCAGAAGACACCUUUGUAAAAGUUCCAUUGUUUAGUUGGUAUAUUGUUUGUAAUAUUGUUGAUCUGUACAUAACUGAUGUGGUGCUAUUUAUUUUGAUUUUAUUUAUUUAAAACAGAUUGAUAGUCAUUCAACUUGCAUUUUAUAUCACAAUGAUUAUAGUGUGUAUAUAUUAUGUAAUUUUAUGUAAAUAUAUUUGUAAUCAUUUAAUGUGAAUGAAUAACAUAUAUAUGCAUUUAAUUUGAAUUCAUUGAUUGAUUUUUUAAGGACGAUAACAAUGUUAAAGAGAGUUUUGAUCUUUUAAAGUUAUAGAUAUAGUAUUAUUUGAAAAGAAAUUCCAAUAAACGUUGAUUUAUGACCUUAAAUACAUCACCAUGGUAAACAAGAAAAGGUAAAGUUUGUAUUGAAAAAUUGA